GCAGCCAGAUGAAUCCCUGGCUGGACUGUAUGGCACCGAGUACCCAAGACUGACUCAGUAGGACCUCUGAAAUGACCAGCCAGCAGCCGAGCCAUGCAGAAAGCUCUAAGUUCACGGAUAAACAGCCGCCCGCUGGGGGCCCCAGGCUCCAUGUCCAGCCAUCACGGUCAAAGGAGAACAUUACCAUCCACUUCUCAUUCGGGAAAGAGAAAGAGGAGGAGGAGGAAGAGGAGCUUGAGCUGUACACUGCGUCAGUCCCCACUUGCUCAGCCGCUCUGAAAGAUUCAAACGUUGUGACAGCUGUAGAAGCGAGUGAGGACAUGUUUGAAGGGGGUCCUCUGGACUCUGCAGCUGAGGUUGCUGAGAUUCCUGAAUCAUCCGGAUUUUCUCCCAGUUCUGGAAAUCACACUAACCAUUCCCCACCACAUACUCUAUCUUCACGUGUCCCCGAGCAUAAACCCUUGACUGUCGGUUCUUCUCCCAUAAAAUCUUUGAGCUUUCCCUCCGGUGACAAAUCGUUUUUAAGUAUGGUAAAGUCCUGUUCUUCUGACGUCGAGUCUCGUGAUGGCAUCUCUUCUGCUCCAGCUCCUUCUGUAAGACACAGACCUCUCAUGAAAAACCUUGUCAAAUCGUUAUCAUCAGAUACAUCCCAGGAUCCACCCCCCUCCUCUAUAUCUUCCCGUCUUCCCGAACCUCGCCUUAACCUGCAACUCUUUAAGCAAUUUGCACAAUCCAGGCUGCCGUCUGCUGCCGUGACAUCAGCAAGCGAUUCUAAAACUGCCCCGUGUUCGCCGUUAACUUCACCAGACAACCGGAGCUUCUUCAAAGUCUCUGAGGUUGAAGCGCGAUUUGAAGACACCAGACGCCGUCUCACCGAGGCCAUUUCUGAGCCACUCCAGUUGCUGAGUAAGAUCAUGGAUGAGAAGAGUGGAGGAUUAAGUGUCGGCAGUAUUUACCGGCCCAAAGUGCUUUCUGCCAGCGCCACAGAACUCUCCACCAUCGCCUCAAUCAAUGACCACCUGGAGAGCAACAACAAUUACUGUAUCAAAGAGGAAGAAGGUGACGCAGAGGCCGAAAGCCCCAACAGCUGGACCUCUGUUACACCUGAGUCACCUAACGACCCCUCUGCCAACACUAAGAGCCCGACCAAAUCCUCCUCACUGUCCAUGUCUGCUCUUGCGAAACAGGAGGACGAGGACUUCUGCAUCCUGAACAGUGAAGACUUUGAGACUUGUACUGACACCGAGGGGUCAGAUGGAAUUACUCAAACCGGGAGUCAACUGCUGCCAAGUGAUGGUUCUGACCCAAACUGUGACGAUGAAUGUGAAGACACUAAGCCAGCACCCGAUGUCCCGUACUAUUCUCUCAUAGUCUUUACCUUCCUCGUCUAUGGGUUCUUUGUUUUACCUUUGCCCACGUACAUUGGAGGGCUGCUGCUUGGAGUCUGGCUAGGAUUCUUUGUAGCCAUCGGCGUCAUGUGGCUGACGGGACCAAAGCGCUCUGGAGAUGAAGUCGGACAUUCCAGAAACCGGGGGAAGCUGUGGAAUAUGACCAAGCUGGAUAUUAAAGAGCCAGAAAUCUACAAGGGCUGGAUGAACGAGAUUUUGAACUACGACCCCGAGACGUACCACGCGACGCUGACGCACUCCGUGUACGUCCGCUUGGAGGGCCCCAUCAUCCGUUUGUCCAAACCCAACCGCAACGUCGCUCGCCGCGCAACGCACAAGGAGCAAAAACCUGACGUGACCUACGUCAGCCAGAAGAUCUAUGACCUUACCAACAGUAACGUGUAUUUAGUGCCUCAGAAUCUGGCCAGGAAGCGAGUAUGGAACAAAAAAUACCCCAUCUGCAUCGAACUUGCCAAACAAGACGACUUCAUGUCAAAGGCGGAGGGGGUGGGGGGCAAUCAGGCCACAAGUUCAAGAGACAACGGAGCACAGGAGCAACAAUCCCCGUCGUCUGCCAGAAGGUGCCUGACCCUGUACCUGUUUGGGAGGACUGGGAGGGACAAAGAGGAAUGGUUCCAGAGGUUCUUGUCGGCCUCUAAUGCCAGAGUUGAGUUAAAGAAAGCCUCCUGUGUUGGGAGCAGUAAAAAGACCUCAAUCUCUCACAGCCGCAGCAGCAGCCGCAGCAGCCUCAAUGAGAUGCUGGCAUCUCAGAUGAAGUCAAAGGACUCUGCGCCCCCGUCGUCAGCAGCAGGCAGUGCCAAAAGCAAACCUCCGUUAGACUACGCUGUCUACAUGGGAUCCUUUCUGCCAAAGCAGGCGGCAGUCUGCCCCACAGCUGCCAGCGCCGCUUCCAGUCUGCAGAGCAGCCCCGGGGCUGAUAAGAAGUUUCAGGGGACCUCUUCCGCUCAGGUGCAGCCCCAGGGAGAGGAGGAAGAGGAGGAUUCUGUUGCCUGGGUGAACGCAGCCCUCGGUCGGCUCUUCUGGGACUUUCUGACCGAGCCCUACUGGGCCGAAGUGAUUUCAAAGAAGAUCCAGAUGAAGCUCAGCAAGAUUCGACUGCCUUACUUCAUGAAUGAAUUAACCCUGACAGAACUGGACAUGGGCUCAGCCAUCCCCCGGAUCCUUGGGGCGUCUGCACCUUACAUCGACCAUCAAGGUCUGUGGUUCGACUUGGAGGUCUCCUACAGCGGCUCCUUCCUGAUGACUCUGGAAACCAAGAUGAUCCUUCACCGCCUGGGGAAGGAGGGAGAGAACCUCCGCAUAGGGGAGUUUGGCAAAGACGGGUACAGGCCUCGGACUUACUGCCUGGCUGCCAGCGAUGAAGAGUCAUCCAGUGCCGGCUCGUCAGACGAAGAGGACACGUCGGAUGUCUCCAAUGAUUUACCUGGAGCAGAGGGUUUGGUGGGGGGACACAAACCGAGCAAGAUCAUGCGUUUUGUGGACAAGAUUGCCAAGUCCAAAUACUUCCAGAAGGCCACAGAGACGGAGUUUAUCAAAAAGAAGAUGGAGGAGGUGUCCAACACCCCCUUGCUGCUCUCCGUGGAGCUCCAGCAGCUCCGAGGAAGGCUGGCGGUCAACAUUCCUCCUCCUCCCACUGACAGAAUAUGGUACGGCUUUAGGACUCCACCUCACCUGGAGUUAAAGGCUCGGCCUAAACUUGGAGAAAGAGAAGUCACUCUGGCUCACGUUACUGACUGGAUAGGGAAAAAACUAGAACAGGAAUUCCAGGAUUCAUUAGUGCCACAGCCUGAUGACCUUGACCCCGAGCCUGACCCCGACCUCAGUAUGGCCGGUGAAUAA